AUUAAUUUAUGCUCAUUGUUGUCAUUGGUUUUUUAUUCACCCAUAUCAUUUACUACCACGAUUCAAAUAAAACGCGCCCGUUUAGAGAUGAAAUCAUAAUAUUUGUGCUCCUCAUGUGACACCGUGUCCUCCUCCGGUCCUGUUGGCGGCAGCUGCACCUGUCUCCGCGCGGUGCCACAUCAGAACAGUGUCCCUCACAGUCACCGGCGGCUUAUGAAGGCUUCACCGGUUUAACCUCAAUCGGGGUUAGAUCAUAGACAGUAAAAGAAAGGUUUAGACGAAUCGCAGGGGAAAGGGCUAUUGUUUCAGUUAACGUUAGAUUAUUAUGUAGAAGUCGAAAUAUGCUACUCGCACAGCGGGGGUUUGAUUAGUGAAAAACAGCCGACAUAUUUAUUCACAGAGAUGACAGCGCGCGCUGGUUUAUUACUGUGCUAAUCGUGUGAUUGGAGAUUCCUCGUUUUCAUUUUACUCGCAUUGAAUAGGCUGUGUUUUUGAUGGCCGUGUCAGGAGGCGCCCGAAGGAUCCCGAUGGGUGUGCGGACAUUCAGUGAGUUUCUGGAAAUAGCGACGGUCGGUCCGUGUCGCCCCAGCAGAGAGAGAAUACAGCACUGGCCCGUCAGACACCUGUCCUCCUGUGGGAUCUUGAUGACCCGUCAUCCUCCUGCUUUCUGUCUCUCUGAAGUGGGUCUGACUCCCACUCAUCAUCACAGGAGAUCUUUCAUCAGCCUCACCAAUAAGAGAAAAGAGUAUUCAGAGAGGAGAAUACUAGGGUACUCGAUGCAAGAGAUGUAUGAUGUGGUAGCCAAUGUGGAUGACUACAAACACUUUGUACCAUGGUGUAAAAAGUCGCAAACCAUCAUGAAAAGGGCCGGUCAUGCCAAAGCUCAGCUGGAAGUGGGCUUUCCUCCUGUUGUGGAGCGGUACACUUCAAUGAUAAGCCACGUCCGUCCACAUCUGGUCAAAGCAGUGUGUUCGGAUGGUAAACUCUUCAAUCAUUUAGAGACAAUAUGGCGCUUUAGUCCCGGUAUUCCUGGCUAUCCUCGCACAUGCACUGUAGACUUCUCCAUCUCGUUCGAGUUCCGCUCAUUGCUACAUUCGCAGUUAUCGACGGUGUUUUUCGACCAGGUGGUGAAGCAGAUGGUGGCCGCGUUUGAGCGGCGAGCGGCUAAACUGUUUGGACCCGAGACGAGAAUACCCCGCGAGCUCAUGUUUCACAAGGUCCAUCAAACGUGAGGUGCUCCUUCUCACUGGACUCCUCUGUAUCUGGAACUCACAGAACUCUUUAGACCGUUAUCACAUGACAAACCAGAUCACUAGAAUACAUCGUGAUGGUACGAGAGAUACCAUUUACUUUUAGAAAAAGAUUUCAGUUCAUCUGAGGUACAUGUCCAUUUUUGUUUAGAUUAAUUUAUUAUUGCAGCCCUGACCGGGAAGGUUCAGACGUUUCUCUAGGGUUUGGUCUGGUUUACUCAUUCUGUCUUGCUGCCAGAUAAUCAGGGCCAAAUCUGACUGAUUACUGGAACUGGAAGAAUAUUUUAGGCCAAAUCUGUCGCACACCGUUGAUUACCACACAAAAUUUGUUCUGAUUUAUACCUCAGAUUUUAUUAACCUACAAUAAAACGAUUACGUUCCUCUUGCAAAUGCACAUCUGAUGCAGAAAAUUUCUAUUGUUUUGUUUUGUGUGGUAAUCAACGGCAUGCAAAAGGCACAGAUAAACCCAGAAUAUUCUUUCUCAAAUGAUUUUUUUUUUAAUGUAGUGAAAAUUCAGACCUACUCGACUUCCACACUGCACUGAAUUUAUAACAUUCAUCUCCAGAAGUCACACUCAAGAGGUUUGUGACUCCAAUCACAACUGUAAAUAUAAUGGAAAUGAAUCAUGUUAUUACAGUGACAACAAGUAUUUCUCUCACCUAAAUAUUUAUCCUUACAGACAACACAAAAACAUUUGUUUAUAGAAGUAGUGAAUUGUAAUGGAAAGAUAAGAGUUAUAUUUAGCAUGCUUUUGCAUUCUUUGGAUGCAUUCACGCAAACUCAGGGCUUUGGAGAAAUUCAAAGGAAAGAAAAUGUAAGAAGAAUUCAGCCUGUUCCUAAUAGUGAUCCCAGUUCGUGCCUGUUCAUGUAGACCGUGCCAUUUCUUUUUGUUGCUACAUUAAUGUUUUAAACACUACUGUAUUUGUGUUUUGUGAUUUCUUGGAAAGCGAAGCAUAGGAUACAAGCAUAACGGUUUCGUUUUUUCAACAUUUUAUGAGAUUUUAUUUUUUAAACCGUUUCAAUGCCUUAUCUAAGUGUUCAUGGCAUUUAUAAAUGACUUCAAAUCAUGUGAUUGUCAAGAUGUGGAUUGGUAAUUUACUUGUGCUGUAUCAAACACCUGUCUAACAAGAGUCUUCCGGAGAAAUAACGUCACCAAUCGGUAGAUUUCCAGGGUUUGUCAUAAAAAGACCUUGUUAGAUGUUUGGUUGAAGAACUGUGAAUAAGACCAAAGAGAUGAGCAGUGCUUCAUUUUUGGAACAAAUUCUCUCUGAAAUGAAUUUAUCUGUUCAGUAAACUUUAAUUCUGAGUUAACGGGCCUAUCAUCAGUGUAUAAUAAUCUUGCACAAGCAUUUCUUUUAACUUGAGAAUCUGUUCAUUUAUUUCCAAUCAAAUAUGUUGUGCAUUUUCUGCUUGAGAUUCAUUAGGAGGCCGAUUUCCUGCUUUGAACUGCGACGUAUUUGAUCUUGAAGUACACAUGGUUUCUUACCUCAGAAUGGUAGCUCUAUGAUUGCUGAUCAGAUGGAUUACACUAGAAUCCUGUGUUGAGGGGAUGCACAGGGACUUGUGAAAACUUAUCCGUGAACAAAGAAUACAAAAAGUGAAUGAAGAAGCGGAGGCUGAGGAAAUCUGAGGAAGGUGGUGGUAUCUGGGUCAUGUAUUUAUAACAGCAUGAGAGACUAUGAUGGAGCUUCUUAAUCACACUGCACUGAACAGAAGAUUGUUUCCAUGCAGAUCUUAAAACAAAAUUCACCAUUAAAACUAAUUAUUUAAAGAUGAAUGACCAGGCAUAGAUCUUAUUUAGACCAUUUAUACUGCAUAUAGUUUGAACAAUAACCAUAUUUGUGAACACAUAAUUUACAGAGUAAAGGAGUAGUUCCCCUAAAUAAUUUAAAUUCUGACUUAAUUUACUCACCAUGUCUUUCCAAACCUGUAUGUAUUACUUCUGUGGAAUAUAAAAUAUAUUUUGAGAAA